AUGAAUCUCAACAGUCAAACUAAAACUAAAACGCAAAGAGCAACCUACACCUCGCGUUUCAAAUCCGCAAGCAAGGAAAACUUACCAAAGACACCAGGCAGUGGUGGUCUACUAUCAGGUGGAGGGAAUACUAAAACCGCUAUUCCGGUGUCUACAAACACUUCUAAUGCAAAGAAGAGACAAGUCAUUAAUUCGGGGUUAAAAACACCUAUAAUCAGUAGCACAGUCUCUUCUCGUAUUGGCAGUACUUUAAGAAAUCCCUUGAGUCGUAUUUCGUCUGUGUCUACACCGAAGAACACUAGCGCAAUUCCUUUGUCAAAGCCCACCGUAUUAUCAUCUGCUUUCUCAAAAAGCAAAUCUCAGAAUCUGUCUGUAUCUGGAAAUGUUAAAUCUAAAAGAGUGACUUUUGCUGUAAAUGUUGAACCCAAAAAACCUGCUGCUGGGACUAAAUCGUCUCUAAUGCCAGCCAAAAAAUCAACAAUUUCUUCAAGUUUUAUAAGACCAAAAUCAACAGCCAUAAAUCUCUUCUCUAAUCUACAACCACCUCCUGGAAGUAUACGAAAACCAACUUUAAAGAAUAUUUCUAAUACGCCUAAUUUGAAACGUCCAAUACGUAAUACCGCGGCAACGACAACAAAAACAUCGAAAAAAGCCGUCAUUAACACACCUAUCACAAAGAGACCUUCGACGAUUUCUUCCUCCACGACGGUGUCACGAAAAUCGUCAAUUUCUAUCGAACCCAAAAUUCGUGGUCUGUCAAGUGUUCGCAGAUCCCCAGCUAAUAAAUCACAAAUAAAAUUUAAGCCAGAUGCAUCGGCAUUGAAAGAAAUAGUUGCCAGUGAAACUUCCAGUGAUGUUGAUAAAAAGAGGCAGUUAUUAACAUCAUCUCUCUUGGGUAAUCGAUCGAGAUCUUCUAUCGGAGUUAGGGGUUCUUUAAGACUUUCGCAGGCAACGUCAUCUUAUGGUCAUCGCGUCGAGGAACACCGUGAAUCGCAACGAGUAUCAAUACUUGGAGCUGCAAUUCGAGUAAUGCGCCCUAUUCAAGAAGAAUCACAGAAAAAAACAUUGUCAAAUAUCCGAGAAUCAUUGUUGGUCAAACCAGUUACUUCAACGAGGACUCUUACCGAACGCCAAAUAAAAUUUAAGCCGGAUGCAUCAGCAUUGAAAGAAAUAAUUGCGAGUGAAACUUCCAGCGAUGUUGAUAAAAAAAGACAGCUUUUAACAUCAUCAUCUCUCUUGAAUAGUCGAUCGAGAUCUUCUAUCGGAGUUAGAGGUUCUUUAAGACUCUCACAAGCAGCAUCAUCUUAUGGUCAUCGCGUCGAGAAGCACCGUGAAUCACAACGAGCAUCAAUACUUGGAGCUGCAAUUCGAGUAAUGCGCCCUAUUCAAGAAGAAUCACAGAAAAAAGCAUUGUCAAAUAUCCGAGAAUCAUUAUCAUUGGUCAAACCAGUUACCUCAACAAGGACGCUUACCGGCCGUCAAUCAUUAUUGUUCACUCGAACCAUCAAAGGCACGGUUUAA